AAAGAUUUCGAACUUGCGUAGUACAAUAAAAUCAAUUGGUGAAGAUAAUGCCGAAGCAAUAAAAAUUAGUGAAAUCAUGGCCAUUUUAAAUGAGCCAUCUUCAGAUGACAAGGAGGAUCAAGCUGUAUUCAAGGCAACAGAUGUCGACGUCGUAUACAUUCCACCACCUCAUGUGGAGUGUAUGACAGAUGAAGAAGAUCUGGACGAUGACCGGAUUAAUCUGAAUGACAACAAUGAUGAUUUUUUAACUGAAAUCACUGGUCAUGUUGAACUUCAAUACUCAUUGGAAGGAGAGAACAUUCAGGAUGUAGGUAAUGGACUCAGUGUCAACAUCUAAUGCACAUGGAAAUGUUAUGAUAACUGGCGGAUUUAAGAGGAAAUCUGAUUUGCUGUCCCCAUAUGGCGAAAACCCAGAAAUUCAAAGCUUUCAAAAUGGAAGAAAUUUUUUCUGAAAUUGGCUCUAAAUCUCCGUGUGAUAUUUUCUCGUUGUAUUUUGAUAAAUUAAUAAUUGCAGAGAUAACGCAUUUCACAAACGAAUAUGCGAAUCAGCACAAUGCUGCCAUUAACGUCACGCCAGUGGAAAUACGUAGGUUCAUUGGUAUUUUGUACAUUUCGGGGUAUCACACCUUGCCUCAUAUUGACCAUUAUUGGUCUGUUCGGCCCGACAUGGAAAUUCCAAUUGUAAAACAAGUGUUGAGUCGUAAUCGGUUUAAAAUAAUAAAACGGUUCUUACAUCUCGCUGAUAACACCGAUUUAAAUGCAGUAGAUCGUUUUGCCAAGGUUUGCCCGCUUAUUGAUGCUCUCAAUAAAAAUAUUAUGCAGUUCGGAGUUUUUAGCCAUAUUCUUUCCGUAGACGAACAGAUGAUUCCAUACUUUGGUCGACACUCAUGCAAAAUGUUUAUCAAAGGAAAACCGAUUCGUUUUGGAUUUAAGUCGUGGUUCUUAUGUUCAGAAAGUGGAUAUUUAUUUUCUAGUAUACUAUAUGGGGGUGCAGCAACCCCUCACGAUAAGAAUAUCGGUCUAGGAGCACAAACUGUUUUAGAUUUGCUUGCUAACGUAACUGACCCCGACUGCCAUAUUAUUUUCUUUCACAAUUUUUUUUUUAUCCUAUCAUCUUAUGUGCCUAUUGAAUGAGCCUCGAUUUUUUGCAACCGGUACUAUACGUGAAAAUAGGAUAGCAAAAUCGCCCUUAAGGAAUUUAAAAAAAGAGAAACGCGGGGCGUUUGACCAGCUACUCGAUGGUCAACAAGAAAUAUUGACGGUGGAACGAUAACGCUGUUGUCAAUGUUAUUACUAAUAACUCAGCCGAACCAAUGGUAUGUACAUACAUAUGUGCUAAAAGAUAUUGUCGGAAGCAAAAGAAAACUAUCAAAAUUCCACAGUCCAAAGUAAUACAAGAAUAUAAUCACGGUAUGGGUGGAGUGGAUCUUCAUGACAAUGCUGUGGCCAACUAUCGGAUAUGUAUACGAGGAAAAAAAUGGUGGUGGCCAAUAUGGAUUAAUGCUCUUGGUAACGCAAUGGUCAAUGCAUGGAAGUUGCAUUGUAUGUUAGCAAAAUUUUAAAAGACGAAACCACUUUCACAAAUUGAUUUUCGAUCUGAAGUCACAAACAAUUUGUCGACUUACGACAAUAAGGAAGAUUACGAGAAUGGAGAUGAAGAUGAGGACUCUGGACAUCCAUUGAACCUCUCUCAGAUCAACGAAAAGGUACACGCCGUCAUGAGAAGUCUUAAAAAUAAAUAUCGGCGCUGUAAGUUAUGCAAGAAACAUACUAUUUUUACUUGCAAAAAAUUUAACGUUUAUUUACAUACUAAAUGUUUUGAUGAAUAUCAUAAAAACUACAAUAUACAUGUCUUAUAUAAAAAAUACAUAUCUUUUA